AUGAAGAACUAAAAAACUUGUCUGCUCUUUUUGGCACUUAUUUAGCUUUCCUAUUAAUAUUGCCAUUACUCUUUGACACCUAAUAUUUAUGACGGUGAUAGUUGUAAUUGCUAUGAAGGAUAAUACACUAAUAACAAAAAUUGUUUUUUUUGCCCUAAUUCAAGUUUUGCUUCAAGAAGUAAAAAGGUACCUACAUAGGCCUCUGAUUGCAGAGCUUGCUCUAUAGGUUUUUAUAUGACAUAAGCGGCAUCAUCAAGCUAAAGUGCUAUUUGUUCAAAAUGUCCUAAAAAUUCGUAUCUUUUUUAACAAGCACAAAGUGUUUCAGAUGAAAGUGUCUGUAGGAGUUGUUAACCAGACUAUUAAAUGAUUAAAGAUGCUAUAUCUCCUUCAAGUGAAAAUGGUAAUAAAGGUAAGGCAGCAUAAUGCUAAAAGUGUCCUAAUAAUACUUCAUCACUUUUUACUACAGAUUGCAGUAGUUGUGCUGAAGGUUUUUAUGCUACUUCAUAUGAUCCUUCUAAUUAAAAUGCUAAUUGCUAAAUUUGCCCUAAUAAUUCUAGUCCUAUGCCGCCAGAUCAAAAUCGAACUUAAACUUCUCAAGAUUGUAAGAAGUGUAAAAAAGGAUUUUAUAAUGCUGAAACUGAUUAAAGAAAACCUGUUAAUUGUUAAAAAUGCCCAGGUAAUAAAACAACUUAAGGAAUAUCUUCACAAAAUAUUUAUUCAUGUAUUUGUAGUAAAAGCUAGUAUAUAACAGCACUUCCGAAUAAUACUUCUCCUUUUACUUGUUCAUCUUGCCCUACUGGUUCAGGAAGGCUUUUUGAUUUAUACUUAGUCGGAGAUGAAUCCACAUGUGAUGUUUGUUUAGAAGGAUAUUAUUUAAUCACACCAUAUUAAGAUCCAGUUGGUAGUAAUCCUGGUGUUGGAGCAUAAUGCUAAAUAUGCCCUAAAAACUCCUAUUCUGUAGCUGGAACUUCUAACUCUCCUUCAUCAUGUUCUUUGUGUAAGCCAAAUUAUUAUAUGACAAAAGCUGCUGAUUCAACUAAUUCUGCAGAAUGUUAACCCUGUCCUAAUAAUACUGCAACUUUAGAUCCAGUAAGUUAAGUUGGGGAUGCAACUUAAUGUACUGUAUGUGUAGCUGGUUAUUACAUGACUUAAUCAUAUUAAGAUGGAAAAACAGCUUAAUGUUAGUAAUGUCCUGCUGGAUCAAACACAAAUCCUGGUUUAAACACAAUUUGUUAUUGUUAUGACUAAUAUGCAUCUUGGUCAACUACUUAAAACUCUUGUUAAUGUAAUCAAGGUUAUGGUGGCUCGCCAGCUACUACCAUGGAUACUUAAGGAUGUACUCUUUGUCCCGCAGGAUAAUACUCCUCUUCUGGAGUUUGUGUUGAUUGUCCUGCUGGUACUUUUUCAAGUUCUCCUGGUAGUGCUUCUUGUACAAAGUGUACCUCAGGAUAAUUUGCUACAGGAAAAGGAAAUACAUCUUGCUAAACUUGUCCUAGUUCAACAGUCUCUUUGGAUGAUUUUACAAGUUGCAAAUGUGUAGAUACAAGUGCUGUUUUUGUAAGUGGUAGCUGUGUUUGCCCAGAUGGAUAUGAAGGUACUCCUUCUAGCUCAUCAGGUAUUUAAGGAUGUAAUGCAUGUAUAGCUGGUAAGUUCUCUAAUUCUUCUACUUCUGGAAUAUGUACUGUUUGUCCUGCUGGAAAAUACUCACAAGGUAUCGGAAAUACUGAUUGCAAAUAAUGUGAAAUAAAUACGUUUGCUCCUAAUACUGGAAGUUCUAGUUGCAAUAGAUGCGGAUCUGGAUCUACUAAUAAUGCUGAUUUUAAAGGUUGUUCAUGCAUAGAUUCUAAUGCAACCUAAACAGACAGCAAAAGUAGCUGCUAAUGUAACUCAGGAUUUGGUGGCUCACCAAAGACUUCAUAAAGUUCUUAAAGUGGAUGUAUAGCUUGUGCAGCUGGUUAAGAAGUAAACAAAACAUCUGGGUAAUGCUCUCCUUGUGCUGCUGGAUAUUAUUCUAGUAAUUCAGUAAAUCAAAAUUGUUCAUAAUGUUCGGCAGGAUAAUAUGCAAGUGGAACAGGAAAUAGCUCAUGCUCUAGCUGUCCUAACGGUUAAUCAUCUUUAGAUGAUUUUUCUGGCUGUAAAUGCAAUGAUUCAAAUGCUAUCUUUGAUAAUAAUAAAUGCAUCUGUAAAUAAGGUUAUGGAGGAACACCUAAUUCAGCUAAAAGUGGCUCAACUGGAUGUACAAUUUGCCCAUCUGGCUAAUAUUCUGAUGUUUCUACAUAAGGAUAAUGCAUAGCAUGUCCUGUUGGAAAAUACUCACAAGGCACCGGUAAUACUAAUUGCAAAUAAUGUGAAAUAAAUACGUUUGCUUCUAAUACUGGAAGUUCUAGUUGCAAUAGAUGCGGAUCUGGAUCUACUAAUAAUGCUGAUUUUUAAGGUUGUUCAUGCAUAGAUUCUAAUGCAACCUAAACAGACAGCAAAAGUAGCUGCUAAUGUAACUCAGGAUUUGGUGGCUCACCAAAGACUUCAUAAAGUUCUUAAAGUGGAUGUAUAGCUUGUGCAGCUGGUUAAGAAGUAAACAAAACAUCUGGGUAAUGCUCUCCUUGUGCUGCUGGAUAUUAUUCUAGUAAUUCAGCAAAUCAAAGUUGUAGAUAAUGUUCAGCAGGAUAAUAUGCAAGUGGAACAGGAAAUAGCUCAUGCACUAACUGUCCUAACAGUUAUUCAUCUUUAGAUGAUUUUUCUGGCUGUAAAUGCAAUGAUUCAAAUGCUAUCUUUGCUAAUAAUAAAUGCAUCUGUAAAUAAGGUUAUGGAGGAACACCUAAUUCAGCUAAAAGUGGCUCAACUGGAUGUACAAUUUGCCAAUCUGGUUAAUAUUCUGAUGUUUAGACAUAAGGAUAAUGCAUAGCAUGUCCUGCUGGUACUUAUUCAUCAAAUAAUGGUAGUUCAUCAUGUAACCAAUGUAAUGAAGGUUAAUAUGCAUCAGGAACUGGAAAUAGAUCUUGCUAAAGUUGUGGAUCUACUUUGACAAAUACUGAUGAUUUUUCAGGUUGUAAAUGUAUAGAUCUGAAUGCAAUAAAACCAGCAGCUAAUCCUAGCUGCGUUUGUAAUUCAGGUUAUAUUGGUUCUCCAGCAACAUCAAAGAACUCUUAAUUAAGCUGUACUGCUUGUCCUGCUGGAUAAUUUACAGACUCUGGAAAAUGUUCUCCAUGUGGAGUUGGAACAUUUUCAAGUGGAACUGCAAAUUCAGCAUGCAGUAAAUGUUUAGCAGGGUAGUUUGCAAAUGGUACAGGAAAUACAAAAUGUCAAGCUUGUGCUCCUGGUUCAACCAGUACAGACGAUUUUUCAGGUUGUAAGUGUUAUGACUAAAAUUCGGUAGCUUGGAAUGCAAGUAACAACAUAUGCUAAUGUAGUACUAAUUAAUAUGGGGAUGCUAGUAAAGCCACAGAAGCAGAAAAAUCCCAAUGCAAUCCUUGUCCGAACAACUCAACAUCAAAAGUUGGUGCUGCUAAAACUGAAAAGGACUGUUAAGUUCCUUAAAGUUAAUAAAACACCUAAUUUUCAUUCUCAUAAAUCCUAAAUUUAUCAAUAUUUAUUUUUUUGAUUAUUUUAUGA